UUUCAAUGCAGAGGUCGGGUGACGCCCCUCCCCUGCCUCUCCAGCAUCAGCACCUCCAAAACCGAACAAGGCGACCCGCGGUUGGGAAAGGAUGCUCUCCGCUCCGCGAUGCUCACCAGCGCGAGGAAACGCAGCGACGAGACGGAUCACCGAGAGCCGCUCGAGCCGCUGGGUAUAGCCGCUGUUUUCUGCACGUUUAUGCUGCCUCGCUGCCUCCAUUCAUGAUGCACCAUUCAUGCAUCCCCAAGAAUGGAAACACUCUGCGAGGAAAACAUAAAAAUAGCCCGUUAUAGCCGUGUUGUCUCGCCUUUAUAAGACACAUUCUCGCUCGUUUGAUGAAGCCUCUUUUCAUGUAGGUCAAGGUGAUGAAGAGCCCGAUUUUGUCUUUUGAGGGCGCCGCGCGAAUGUAGGGCUAAUACAGGAAAGCCAAGCAAACAAAAGGCAUCCAGCCCCCCUCCUCUGACGCACCUGGCUGCCCUGUCGCCACUUGACAUGACAGCGCAGAGCCGGGAGCAGAGCAGCAGGAUCAAGGGGCACCGACGUGCAGCCGGACGUGUGGACUCGACAAGGACUAGAGGAGCCUCCGGACGCACGGCGGAGAAGCAGCAGCAGCCCAGGGGAGGCCGGAUUGCAGUUUCUGGGGACGAGCGCCAAGGGCAGUGCGGCAGUCAGCAGGCAGACCGGGGGGAGGAGGCUGCGGAGAUCUAUGAUACUUCCCCCCCAGGCCCCACUGCGCUCUCACCUCCACAUCAUCCUGGAAAUAUGAUGGUGGAUGUUUUUAUGUUUGAUCAAUGGUGACUGUGAUACUCCCCAUUCAGUUUCUCUCAAUUUUUCAUUCCCAACCAAUCAGUGGUGAUGGGCAAUUAAAAGAUUAGAUCUGCUCUUCAGGCAAGGGUGGAACCCGGAGGGGACUGAUGUGCAUACUGGCCAGGUAUCAUUUGCUCCCUUCUUCUCUGGUUUUGCUCAUUUUGCUUGUCGCCUGCACUAUGGGCUGUAUUCAGAGCAUUGCAUGCAAGCCCCGCAUCAAACGGGAGAACAUUGUGGUGUAUGAGGUGUCAGCCUCUAUUGACCAGUGUCCCACCAUCAUUGAGGAGAACUCACCGAUUGUGCUCCGUUACAAGACGCCUUACUUCAGGGCCUCAGCAGGGGUUGUGAUGCCACCAGUGCCCCGUAAUGAGACCUGGGUGGUGGGCUGGAUCCAGGCUUGUACCCAGAUGGAGUUCUACAACACCUAUGGUGAUAUUGGCAUGUCCAGCUGGGAGUUACCAGAGCUGCGAGAGGGUCGGGUCAAGGCCAUCAGUGACUCAGACGGCGUCAGCUACCCCUGGUAUGGCAACACCACCGAGACAGUCACCCUGACUGGACCCACGUCCAAACCAUCCCGUCUGACGGUCAGCAUGAACGACAACUUCUACCCCAGCGUGACCUGGGCUGUGCCCAUCAGCAACAGCAACACGCCGAUGCUGACACACAUUACCAGGGACCAGAGCUUCAUCACCUGGCUGGUGGCCAUGAACUCUGUCACCAAGGAACGUAUCGUGUUGCAGACGGUGCGGUGGCGGAUGCGGGUGGACAUUGCCGUAGACCCAGACAUGCCCCUGGGCUCUCGGGCCUCGUUGGUGGGUCGCCCCUACCAGGAGCAGCCGCACAUCCUCAACUACCAGGAGCCCAUUCCUCCCAACGCACUGGGGAGGCCGAAUGCCAAUGACGCCCAAGUGCUAAUGUGGAGGCCGCGGAGAGGGGCACCACUAGUGGUCAUACCGCCAAAAUAAGAGGGUUGAAUGAUUGCAUAGACAAAAGUAAAAUUGAUCCCUCUUGCAUAAAAGUGGGUGUGAAGGUGAUGAAGUCAUAAAGCCUAUCAGAGAAGAGAGAAAUUAUGGUUUGCCUGCGCUCAGGAUGCCAGUGGCUCAUUAUUCCUGAAAGAUUUAAGUGGACUAUUACAUCAAGCCAGAGUGCACAUUACAUCUUGGAUAUGACACACUACGGUAUCAAAAUGGAAGUCUACAACAAACUAGUGUGAAGGGCCCCACUUGCAUCAAGGCUUAUUUGGCCCCUGCCAAAGUUUUGGACUGCAUUAAAGAGUUCUGCCUGCUUUUUAGCGAAGAAGGAACGCUGUUUUUUUAGACGUAUCACAGAGGUAUUAGACCACAACGAGAACUGCAUCCUGCAUCCUUAUGUAGAUCUUAUUGCAUGAGAGAGUGAGAAAGACACACAAACUGUCCUUGAGAAGUUUAACAAUAGCAUUUGUUUUGUAUAACUUGAUACCUGAAGACAUUUUGAUUGAAAAGUCAGCCCAAAAAACCCUGCGGGCUGGUUAAACCUCGUCAGUGCCAACAAAGGCCUUUUUCAGCACACUCAGUACCAGAGUUUAAGGAUGUAUUCAGAAGAUUUAAAAGAGACAAAGUAUUAUAUGAAUCUUUUUAGUUUAAGAUUAACUCAUGCAUCAGUCAGAUUGUAUUAAGAGCACCCACCUUGCAUAAAAGUCUGGAAGAAAAACAAAUACGCUGUAGUUUUCUCUGGAGUUUUGCUAAUACACCAACAUAUUUUCAACUCACUCGCCUCCGCAGUGCAGCUGAUAUUGUAUUCAGAUGGGUGACAAACUAUCAGAGAGAUGAGCUGGACCUGUUAGCAAAUUAAAUAAAUAAUGUCAGCUAUGCUUUUAAUAAGUGCAGUGUAAAUGACUUGGAACAGUGCCAUACAACAAAUUUAAAACAAGAAGGUGAUAGCAGUCCAGGCCACAUUGAUCAUAGCUGGAAUGAGGCCCAAGUGUACUCAGACCUAAGGUAGACUUGAUGUGGUACUAAUCAGACCAUGUUGCACUACCAAGUUACAUAAAUCUUCCUUCAAUCAGGGAAUCCAAAUGUACUCUAACAGCUUACUUGGUGUGGAAUUAAACCAGACUGCAUUUUGACAAGGA